CUCAUCCUUAAGAGCAGCUUGGCUUGUUUCACCAGCGUUGUCCUCAACACUGUUGAUGACCGUUGUGGCUUGAGGAAAACCACAGAGAAAGGGACCACGCAUCGCAUAAACGCAAGUAAACUCAAAGCUGGUUAAAAUUUUGCGGUUCUUCCUAUGUGGGCAGCCUGCGAUGACACCUAGACCCCCAGCCGUCCUUGUUUCCACUCAUCCCGUACCCAGUCCCUCAGAGAGAGUCUAGUGGCGAUCGACAAAAAAUGUCGUAAGAACAACGGCUGAACAUAACGUGCAGAAAUUACGAAAUUUCUUGACCAAAUUAAUUCGCAAGUAGGUCAUGUGUGGUGGUAGAUUGACAACUUGACGAUUAAGCGAUUUUUUUGCUCCAAAAUGAGCUUUUUCCUAUUGAAAAUGAGCGAUGGAAGUUCGACUAAUUGCCCCAGCAACUGCAACGACCAUGGCUUGUGUGUUAGGGGAUCUUGCAUCUGUGAGGUACCGAAUCUAUUUUAAAUAUGUUCAGAAAGUUGUCUUUAAACUUCAUAGUCACAACUUAUUUUGUAAGGUCAACUGUGGAGUGCUAUUGUAUACUCAAUCCUUGCAAGGAAUGUUUCGUUUUAAUACAUGUUUUCGAAAGUUCUUAUCGACCUCAACUAUUCCGUGUCGAGAUCUCCCGCAUUGUCUUAUGUCAGCAAGAAAACGGAAAAAAUAAGUGUACGAUAACGUUGUUCACUCACAACGUGAAAGGUAAUAGCCUUUUUCGUUUCAAAAUCAGAGUGAACAAAUUUAAUUAAUAUCCUUUUUUCCUAAUUACUUUUCUCUCUACGCAUCGUUGAAUGUUUACUGGAAACAGAACGCGAAACUCUUCUGAGAUUUCGUUUGUUUCUAGUUUCCACUCAGAUCAAUUGAGUUCUUUAAAUGGCUCUCAGGGUACAUUUCCUCUUUUUUUUUAUACACCAAAAUAUGUAAAUAUGUACUGAUGUUUACGAAAAUUACAACGUGUUGGCAAUUAACUUGAUGUUUAAUGUGAAAAGUAAAGUUCAACUUUAUCUUCGAUCAGUGGCACAUGCCUACUAAGGAAGAAGUAAUUUACAUUGCUGAACAAGAUUUUGAAUACCACCUAGCAAUGGAGAUUUGUGGUAGCAAACCAUAAUCUGCAGACCCCCUGAGAAACAGCUUUGAUACACAGGCUACAAUCACGUCUUUAAAUUUGCAUAUUGUGGUAAAUGAUGGUGGAAGAUUUUGAUGUAGUUGUAAAUCUUCGGUGUGAGAAUUAAAUUUUUCCAUUUUUGUGAAUCCCAUCAAGAGGAGAUACUGUUUGGUCUCAUAGCGAGAUUGACAGAUUUAUUGGCAUAAUGUGGUGAACAUUGGUUUUGUGUUGCUUCUUUUGUCACUGCAGACAGAUGAUGAAAUAAAUGUAACUCAUGAUAUAUUUAAGUUCACAAGGCAACCAGGCUGACAAUCAGACAUGGUUUGAUGCUACUCUGGAUUAAAGAUUUAAUGAAUGUAACUGAGAAGUUACAAUUCAUAGACCCAAGGUUUCAACACUCCUGUCUAGUGCCUUCAUCAGCAACUUAAACUUUGUGGCUAUUCAAAAUUCUCUUGUUGGGUUCCAUAACACACUGAAUGUAAGAAAUAACAGCAAAACCAGUCGCUGCUUCCUUCUCAUCAGGAGUGUUACUAGUUGUGACUGGUUUCUGGCAGGUAUAGAGAAAUGUAUUGGUAUAGCCAUUAACCGUUAGGACAUCAGAAACAUAUUUCUUCUCCUCAGCCUUUGAAUUGAGUGAAGAUGGUAGACAGUCAGCCCUCCUGAGUUAAGUUUUAGCUUAAGACUUUUUAUGGCAAAUAGGGUGGCUAGAGUCAAAAGUGAGGUAUUGUAUGCAAUUUGUAUACAGUGGCACCUACUGUCAACAGGUUUUUGGUAAGUUGCUCAAAAACCUUUUCAGACUUUAGGGCAUAGUUUUGCCAAACCCUAGGAUCCUGUCGUGAAGGAACAAGGACCUGAUGCUAUUUAUUCUAUUCUAUGUAAUGACUGUGAUCAUAAGUAUAUCUGACAGACCAAAGGUCAUUUUGGUACACAUUUGAAAGAGCAUUAUCAAAAAGCUCUCUUCUUUUGCAAAAAAGAAAAUUCAGCUUUGUGGGAGCACACAUGCCUGACUUACCAUACAACUGGAUGGGAUAAUUCUAAAAUUAUCAAUACUAAUCUACAUUGCCACUAGUGCCUUUGUUUGGAAGCCUGGCAUAUCAUUUCCACCUACACUCCUUAGAUAGCGAUGAUGGCGGCUUACUACCUGAUACCUAUUUCCACCUCGUCAGAAAAAAGGGCAGCUAAUUAGUGAGCAUAGAAAAGGACCUCUUGUUGCAGUGGUUAGAUCACCCCUGAUGAAGGCACUAGACAGGAGUGUCGAAACAUUGGGUCUAUGAAUUGUUACUUCUCGGUUACAUUCAUUAAAUCUCUAAACCAGAGUAGCAUCAAAUCAUGUCUAAAUGCAACUCAUGCCAUUACAUGUGCACUGUAAAAAGUGGCUUGUAGUAUCUUUAAACUUAGUGGCUUUGGUUUUCAACAGCUGACUUAGUAAUACUCUUGCAUCUGGGAACUGCCCUUGUUUCUACUUGAUUUAGGGCUUUUGAAUAUAUUUUAAAUAUCAUAUUGUAAUUCAGUUAUUUAUGACAGUGAGCCAAUGAGAGAAAGACAUGAGAACCAAGACAAUUUUUGAUUUGCUUGUGUACUCAUGUAUGUUCAAUCAAAUUGUAGUGAUCAAAUUGUUUUAACCCUUUAACUCCCAGAUCACAUUUGUGGUUCUUCUUACUGUCAAUCAUACAAUUCUUAUAAUGUUGGUUCAGAGAAUUCAGUAUUGGAUCAACUAAUUAUCCUCAAAUUGAUAUUUUCUUCAUUCUCAUCACUUAUCUGGUUGAUAUUGUAUUGAUAUUGUAAGGAGAAAUUUUGGUUUGGUCACUCAUGGUAGUUAAAGGGUUAAGAUAGAUUUACCAUAUUCUGCUCGCUUGAAAACUUUUCUAAUUAUUUUGUUGUGGUCAAAACAUCUAAACUUUAGAAAUGUGCAUCAAGGGUUACCAUUAACAGAAGGCAUUGUUGUAUUAGCAUUUGCAAUUCUGAAAAUUGUAUCAUUAUCUUAGGUUAAAAAAAAAAGAAAACAUUUUGUGAAAAAAAAACUCUUUUUGUUACUAAACCCUUCCAAUCGCAAGAUCUUAUUACUAAUUCCAUUUACUUUCUGCUAUUCAAUUAUUUUGAUGCUAAAUGUAGUUCUGAGAAUUUGGUAUUGGAUCAACUAAUAAUCUCCCACCGGCAAUUAAUAUUUUUCUAUAAUCUCAUCACUUGUCUGCUUGAUAUUGUCCUGAUAUUAUGAGGUGAAAACCUGUCUUGAAUUCUGUUGAUUUUAAUUUUUUUUAUCCUCAGGUCAAAUAUAGCGGUGGAGCAUGUGACGAUGCAAACAUAGGAUACUUCAUUGGUUUUAGUGUGGUUUUCUUCUUUGUUUCUGCAGUGUCUGCAACUCAACUGGUAUGUAACAAAUACUGUAGAAAACUUGGUAGUUGUACUGGUUAACCCUUUUGCUCCUAAGAUGUCAUUAGUGAUUCUCCUUACUGUCUACUAUUCAAUUCUUAUAAAUUGCAUAUGCAAGUUUGGAGAAUUUGGUAUUGGAUCAGCUAAUUAUCCCCUAGUUGAUAUUCUUCAUUAAUCACUUGUCUGCUUGAUAUGGUAUUGAUGUUGUUGGGAGAAAUUCUGUCUUGGUCACUCAAACUAAAGGGUGAAAUAGUGGGUAAGGAAUAACUGAUUUGUUUUGAAUGAUGAAAAAUAACAGCUUUAAACAGGAAGUGUAUUUGAGAAUGAAAGCUAGGUAGUUGGUUUAUGCAUAACUUAAACCUUAUCUUUACUUGGGAGCCAGGAUGUAACUCCUUUUCUUCCCCACCCCCCUCCCCCUCGCACUUUCUCACUAGUGGUGGUGGUGGUUGAGGUUUCCCUUCCACCCUUUUCUUAGGAAUCUUGAAUUGAAUUCCAUUUAGUGUCAGAUAUCAUCCUCUUUGGACUACACCCUAGCAGAUCAGACUUUUUUAAUCAGACUUUUUUAAGUUGGAAAUGGAGAGGAGGAAAAUUAAAUGAAGUGUAUGUAUUCAAGACACAAAAUGUAGGAUCAUAUGACCUAUAUAUAUAUAUACACUUCAAAGUGACUAAAAUGAAACACGCAUGAUUCCCUGUAACUCUGAGUUUCGUGCUUACGCAUUCGUCAGACAGAUUUAAUCUGUCUGACAAGUGUCAGAUCAGUUUAAUCUGUCUGACGAGUGGGUAAGCACGAAACUCGUAGUUACAGGGAAUCAUGCGUGUUUCAUUUUAGUCACUUUGAACUGUAUUUUGCUCUACACUUAUGUGUAUUGAGCACUUUCCCAACAGCAUUUGCUAUAUAUAUAUAUAUAUAUGUUAUUUGCCGGCUGGGAGGUCCAUAUGGUGAAAAACUGUGACUGAGGUCUUGAAAAUACUGCCCGAGGCCGUAGGCCAAGGGCAGCAUUUUCAAGACCGAGGUCACAGUUUUUCACCAUACGGACCGACCCUUAGCCGGUAAAUAACAUAUUUAUUGUCUUUAAACUUGACGAAAUUCUUUCCGAAAGAACGCGAAUGAUUUAUGGCUGUAAAUACGGCAAGAUCUUCUAUAAACUGAACAAUUUUUGAGUGAGUAAAUGGUAGUUGAAAUAGAGGUGAUGCAAAUUUAAGAGAGAUGCCUCAGCGAAACAUUUUCAUUUCUGUAGCGAUAAAGGUGAUUUAAAAGGCUUCCAAACAAACUUUGAAACAUUAUUUUUACAAGUAUCUGUCACAAUCUGACACCUGUCAAUUAGAGAGCGCGCAAGAAAAAAAAAGCGUACAUGUAGGAACAUUUGAAAACCAACAGAACUAGUUUGGCAAGGACUGUCACGACAAUAUUUUCUUCAAAAUCAGUCAAUGAUCUAACGGAAAGUAUUAUUCACUCUCAUUGACCAUUCAUUCAUGUACGAAGAUUUACCUCUGUUCAUUAAGUAAACGGCGAGGAAAGUAAUUGUGAGUAAAUUCAAUUUUUUUAUUUUGAAGUUGUGAGAGUUUGCUCGUUUGUUUGCUGUAAUGGCGUGUUUAACUCUGAUCUUUCCUUCACAAAAACUAAAUUCGAACGGCACACUCCAACGAGACACAAGGGAAUGUAAUGCUGCCUUUUCUCAAAAAACAUCCUUCAAUUUCUGUUGUGCAAUUUACGGUACAAAUGUCCAAAUUGAACGGAAUUGGAAAGACUCACUGGGAGCGUAUAUUUGUUGUAGAACUUAAAUUAAAACUUUGCUUGCUAUUUCACUAUGAACAAAUUGCUUGAGAAAAUUCAGAUAUUAAAUGAAUGAAAGUUCCAUUGUUCAGUUUAACUGUAACCAAAUACCUCACGUUUCAACUUUCUGGGUACUUUUUGUGAACGAUUAAAAUUAAUUGCAGACGGUUUUUAGGCCGCUUGUCAACCAAUGUAAUGACAAUAUUGUUUAUACAAAUUCAUUCUGAAACCAAUAUUUUUCUGUCAACCAAAGUGAUUUGAUAGAGAGAAAAGAGAGGAUUCAUAAGUUAUUUAUCGGCUUGAGGUAGUGAGCGAUGUGUUUGCUUAAAAAUACUGCCCAGCCGGAAAACGAGGUAUAUUUAUGAAAAAUGACAACGAAAGUUGGGAUGUACUCGGCGACUCACAAAAGCGUUACCGUGGCCCGUGGGCAGAGAUAGGAAAAUACUGACCGGGUAAAGAACCAAUCAGAUUGCAAGAUUCGUUACCGUGCCCUCUAAAAAAACAAUAAAUAUAUGUAUGUAUGUAUAUAUGUUUUUUUUUUUGAAACAUAAUUUGACUGUAAAAAAAAUGUGGUAUGGUGGCAGUAUGGAGUGGCUCAAGCAGGGCCAGAAAGUUUCAGAUGUGAGCUAAUUAAGGAAAGUUUGGUCUUAAUGUUGUGUCCUUCAACCAAAUAUUUUACCAUUCGGCUUUACCACUGGGUCAACAACUACAUGUACCCUGGACCAUAACUUUGCUGAAGCUAACACUGAUAUUUCCUCUGUUGUAUUUUCAGUUCCUUUGUGUUAGAUCAGAGUUUAAAAAGCUGAAGAGACCAAGCGUAGCCAAAGCCUGCCGGCUGACAGUGCAAAAGACAUUGUACAUUUGUAUGAUUAUAGCUUGUGGAUCAAGGGGAGUGUAUUAUUCAGUUCAGGUAAAUUUAGAUUUCUUUUUAUAUUGAAAUAUUUUGAAUUCUCUCUCUUGUCAUCCAUUUUAAGUGAAAGUGAUAAUUUUACUCAAUCUUUAUUGUAUUGAUAGCCAAGGUAAGAGUUGCCAGAAAUUGAAUUUUUUGUUUUUUUUGUUUUUUUUCAGAGGUACCUUCCUGCCUGGUUAGGAAUCAAUCUAUUUAAUGCGUACUAUCCACCUAUUAUUUCUGGAUUCUCUCUAAUUAUUUGUUUUUGGGCAGAGGUAAAUUACCAUUAUACUCUCAUAAACAUAAAUUGUGAUUGACAGUAGUAAUCCUUCUACAGUAACACUCCUUUAUUUUUUGUUUUUGUUUUUGCUCUCUUGCAGACAUUUCAUGUGGUUGGUCUGCGGCUUGACAAGCCACGUUUCCUCAGCAAAUCUUCACUAGCUUUUAUUGCAUUCAAUGUAUUUUUGUUCCUGGUCUUUUUGGCACAGUUCAUAACAAUAGAGAUCACAGAUGAACAAGGAAAGGUCAGAAAAAUCAUCAAGCUCUGAUUUAUUUGGUUUCAUUUGAGAACAGCUCUUGUUUAUAGAUUAUUCAAUUAACAGGAAACCUUUUUCACUGGAAACAUGAAGCAUAAUUGAUUAAUAUAUUUGACAUGUUUUUUUUUUGUUUUUGUUUUUUUUUUCCCAGGUCUAUUUAUCCAAUAUUUUUACUGGCAUUUUUGUUGUCCUGAUGUUCUUGAUGCUUACGUUAUUUCUCAUAUAUGGUGUUGAAUUGUAUUACAAGGUAAGUACAAUGUAUGUGCUAUACUCUUGUGAGACCUUUUGGGCCUUUGUGUGUCAUGACAGAGCCAUCCAUGAUUAAUGUGAAGCAGUCUGUAAACUUAGUUAAUUAAAAACCAUUCAGAUACAGGUGUAUAGUGGCUGGUUUCUUAGAGAUUAGUUCCUGGAGCUGAAAGAUUACUUGAAAGAAGCAUAGUUUUCUGAGAAGUGGAGCUUACUUUGAGAGAGAAAACAUGAAUUUGUGAAUGCAACCUUUUGGUUAAGGGUAAAUGAAAUUAGCCAGUGGGGAUCAAACAGAAUUAUCCAUAAAUUAAGGUAGCAUGGAAUGUGCAUUAUUUACCAUUUUUUUUUACUUAGACAAUGCUGAAAUUGUGAUUUGAUGAUAAAAAAAGGGGUUCACCAACUCAUUUUAGAGUCAAGGGCACGUUCUGAGAGGCAGUAGUGUUGUCAUGGUGACAUGUGGUAUGGGAGAAAAAGACUAAGAAAUUAUUCAAUGAUGGUUGAGAAUUUGGAUAAACCCGUUUUUAAGUAACUAAAUGAAAAAAUCAUCAUUACUGCAUUUAUUGCAGGUGCGGGGUGCUUUUAUAACUACAGAGCCAUCAAAUGUUGACAUCACCCAAGCUGCAAUGUCAAGAUUUGGUCUAUUUUCACAAGCAUCCCUACAGGUAAACUGUCAAAUUCAUCUUUAUUUCGCUUUUUAAGUUCUGGAAGGAAAGGUGGGCAUGUACAGUAACUCUAUCUCAUGGUUUACAAUAUUCCCCUGUUUUGUUGCAUCCAUUUUUCUGUUGUUGCCAAAUUGGCAUCAAAUACGUGCAUCUCAUCCUCAGAUUUGCCAAUUUGCUCCUCUCAGAGGCAAAUAGGUUGUUUUUGUUGAAAGAUACUUCUCUUGGCGAGACUGUCCAGAAAUAUUCCAGAACUGCUGCAAACGAGAAUAGUACUGAGAAUGGUUGAGACUUUUUUCAUGUUAAUAUUUGAUCAAAAUUUUAAUUCGAGUGAAGUGUGCUUAAUAAUGAUUUUUGAGUUGGUUUUUUUCAGCUGCUCACAUCUCUUUUCCUCCUUGGUGAUAUUAUGGGGGCAAAAUGGAAACACAAGUAAGCAUAUGCACUGCACAGUAUUGGUAGUAAAUAUUGCUUAUUGCUUCCAAUGAUUCCUCACUCUAGCCACUUACGAUGAUACUUAGCUGGUAGAUUAUCAAAGAGAAUUUGGUAAUGUCUCUAGUUAACCCUUUACCUCCCAUGAGUGACCAAGAGAGAAUUUCUCCCUACAUUAUCAAUACAAUAUCAAGCAUAAAAGUGAUGAGAAUAAAGAAAAAUAUAAAUUCGGGAAAUAUUAGUUGAUCCAAUACCAAAUUCUCCAAAUUGACAUCAUAACAGUUGUAAGGCAGACAGUAAGGAGAACUACUUAAGAGAUCUUGGGAGCUAAAGGGUUAAUGCAUCACAGCAGAUAAUUCUUCCCAUUCUUCUCACCCUCUUGCCGGAUCAAAUUAACAAUUAUUCCAUGAGCGUGAGUUGGAUUUGAGAUGGUAAAUAGCCAACGAGGUGCGUAGCGCAGAGAUUGCUAUCCAACAAGCACAAAUGGAAUAAUUGUUUUAUUAAAUUAACCACUUUUCGGUAGUGCCUUUGGAGCUUACUGACUUUGUUGUUACGUUUAAAGUAAAUUGAUCCUAGCAACACUCAGGUGAAUCGUUUUACAUAUAUACAGUGAUUCAGAGUAUGAGCUGAUAACCGUUAUCUGGUAAUCACUUUGGGACUUUGGGGGUUAAAGCAUCAACUGUAAGUGUGCGUGGGUUGGUGAGAUGCUCUCCUAUUUUGAUCGAUUUUAGAGAAAAAAAGAAGAAAAGAAGAUGCGAAUUGUAAAUGUGAGCUUUCUUUUUUACUCAGACUGCCUAUGGAGGGAAGGAAUGCUUUAGAGGUUGUCUUUAGAGUAUUUGAGCUGGGCGUAGCACUCUGGUUUUCUUGCUGUCUUUGGAAUUGGAAAAGGUGGGUUUGGCUAAGUUGUUAUCCUCUACUCCAAUGUUAGUCGUAACGCUCCCCUCUAGAUGUGAUAUAUGCCUCCUUCAGAUAAGUAAAGAGAAUUUAGACAUACAUGUAUACUUUUAUAGUACCCACGGGUUGAUGCAUGUUUUGAUGCUGCGAGAAGUUUUAGGUAAUCACAUCAUCGUGUUGAAGGGUUAAAAUUGACAUCCUGAAUGCCUCCUGACCGCCAAAUCAUGUUGCAUAUAGAUGCACUUGCUUUGCCGCAACUGUGAUGUCUGAAUAUUGUUACUGACAGCCUUUUUUCUCGAUCGUUUCAGUCCCAGUCAGCUCUGGAUAUUAAACCCUACGCGACUGCUUGUACAUGAGACGGAUGAGGUAUUGUGCUUUCGAAGAUUAUUUAGAUUUCAAGUUUUGUUUUUAUUGUUUUAUUUUAAUGUUUUCCUGUUAUUUGUGCAAGGUGAGGUAACAAUCUUAUACUCGAACUUAAGUUCCAGUUCUGAUUAGAGGGAAUAUUUAAAAUGGUAAACCUUAGAACUUCUGUGUUUUUAUACUGAUUUAAAAUGUGUCAAUUUUUUUUAGGAAACCUCUCAUUUAUUGGGUCACUCCCAUCAUUGUCAUUCAUACGAAGCCAUUGAAACAGAUGCAGGUGAGAGAGGCUAUAUAGGUUUUAAAUUCGUUGUUUCCUGUUUCACCUUCUGUAGAAAAACAUAAUGGAAUUGAGUGUUGCUUCUAGCAAUGAACGGUUGAAAAGCAUUGUGAUUUUAAGUGUAGCAUGUCAUUAACUCUUCACUUCCUAACAUCAUUAUACACUGACAUACUCCAUACUGUUAUCUUUAGAUUUCUAAUGUCACUGACAAGAAGAGUCUGUUUAAAAAUCGAGGGAUUCCUUCGUUUUUUUCACUUCCUUUAUUUUAUGACCAUAAUGUUUGAUUGGCAGGGAUUCUGUAAGGAGAAAUGACAUGUAGAUGCUUGUCUCUUCAAUGGGUUAAACGGUGAAAGCCUUCAGCAAAAUGAAAUAAGUUAUGACGCUCAUGGCAAACUACAGUAAAUUCUUGAUGAGGACAGCUGUUCCUACCACGUCUCAAUAUUCGAAUCCUAAUAUUCAUUUUUGUUCUUUACUCUUUUCAUCCGGUUGCUCACUUAAUCCCGAGGAGCGAACACCACGCUUUGGGCAUUAACAAUGUUAAUAAUAUUGGCUCACGUCAGUACAUGUGGGAACAUUGGAAGCCUGAGACGAGAUUUAUCAGAAAUGUAAAUUCGCUGCUUUUCCGUUUCGUUCGAUGUAUCCUUGUCAACGCGUACCGACGCAGAGUUAGCUGUUGAGUCAUUGCGUUACCGGCUAUCUUCUAACUUUUCUUAUACGUACGCGAAUGUAGCCGUCAAGUCAUUCCGUUGCUGGCUUUCUUAGAAUUUCCCUUUAGCCGUUAAGUCUUUGCGUUACUGGCUUUAUUAUGGUCGGUAAUAAUACAUACUAUCCGAUGAACUGAGUGGCUUCAAGAAAUGCUCGUAUGUAUAUGAACGAACGAAAUUACGACUUUCGUCGUUAUCUUAAAGUCGCCCUCAGAUCUCUGAUGUUUUGUUGCAAAUGUAAACAAACCAGUCUUCCGUGACGUAUGGUAAUAGCAAACCAAAUUUACGACUGACUCUGAUUUAAUUGCUAAAAAUAAAAAUAUCGUAAUGGGUUUGUAUGAAAGAGCUGCAGUCUAUGGCUUUAUGCUCGGUGGAAGUACAAGCUACAUGUGCUGUGUUCUGUAGAUAAGGAGCGUUCAUGGAGCGACCAAAUCCUCUGACUCUCACCAUUCGUGACCUAAGAAAUGCCGUCUGUUGGACUCCGUGCAAUCGGCAUGCAGGAUUCAUUGGUAAAUUUAUCUUCCUGUACAUGUUGUUACAGUUGUCGAGCCAAAAGCAUUCGCCUUGCGCUUUCGACAUGCAUAACGGUUGUUCAGUUUCUUGCAAAUUACGUGUUUGAACGCUACUAUUUCCAUUGAUUUAUCAGACAUAUUUAGUGUUUUACCCCUCUCUAAGGUCAUGUUCUGUGCAUGUAUGUUGUGCAAGGAAAGAAUCGCACUGUAGAGUUUCAAAUCGAUAUUUGCAUUCAACUUUUUGCUUAUGAUUAGCCUUGAAAUUGCUUCUUUUAGCCGUAAAUUACCUUCAAUGCACUUUGCAUAUCGCAAAAGAGUUGUUAAAAUGAUUCUUGUAAUAGUGCUUGCUAUUGUUCAUUGUAUUCAUUCGAUCACUAUAUUUAUUAUGAUGAUGAUGACAGUGAUGUGUGUACUCACAUUGGUCAAUGGUUGUGUCGGUUUAGUCAUAUCUAGCUGUGAUCGUCCCGCGCGAGGUGAAAUAUUGAAGCAUUGAAGCUUUGACUGGAGAAGGAAAAUUAGGGAAAAUGUGGUCGCUGUUAAUCACCUGGAUAAUGAUUCUAAAUCAAUUAUUCCCUGAAGGUUCAACGAAUAUUGUCGAGUAUUACCGGUCAAUCGCGCCAUUAGUAAUACAUGUAUCAUUGCUAUCACUUACAUGAAGAUAAUUUGAUAGAGAGUACCGCCGUGAUUUGUUGAAAAUUAUUCGACAAAUAAAUGGAGCCGUACAGGGGAAAGAAUAAUCAGUCUUCGAGUUUAGCUGUAAAACAGCUUCUCCCAUAGAGAUAUUGGCACUGACGGCCGAGAGGGGAAAUUUAUCAUCCUCCUUCCUUUUGCAAAUUAUGAGUAAUUUUUAUGAUGUUGAAAGAAAAUUCUCUUUAAUUACUCUUAAAGAAUAUCACGAUCUGUGUAAAUAAUUGAGUGUAUUAGACUCUAACAAGGUCCUCAACCACACUAAAGCAAACAAGCGGAAGGAAAGAAAACAGACAAAUAAAAACAGCCAAAAACAGCGUAAACAAGCUGCGCAAGGAUAAAUCGUGAUAGCGUGACAUUUUGUGCUCUAUUACUGGCUUUUGUAUUUACGUAUUCUAUUUUGAUUGACAGAUAUUGACGCACCUCACCGUGACUGCUGGAUUUGUUAUGACAGUGAUCGCACCGAUGCUGGCCCAAUGAUAUUACCAUGUAACUGCAAAGGAGAUGUCGCUGCCGUACACCACGACUGCCUGAAGAGAUGGCUUCUUGAGGUAAUCUACCCGCGGUAGAGUAAUCGUGUGCUUGCUCUUAUGAAUUUCUCAGAUAACUGCUCUUGUCUUAUUGAAACCAUUGUAAACGUCCUGAACAUCUGGGCAAAUUCGAGAUGGUACGUGUUUAGUGUUAGUGUAAUCGUUCGUGUCUACUGUUAGUCUUGAACGGGGCUUGUGUCGGUGACAGUGGAUGACGACCUGACCGGAAGUCAUUGUCAGAGUCAUUGUCAGAGCCAAGUGACUUUGUCUUGAUCUUGAUGACAACUUCUGCUCAUUCACUGUUCACUGUUCAAGAUUCCCCUCACUCGGACGAUUACAUUUCCGCAGUAGACGCUUGGAGAACCUGCCUAAAGUUUCGUAAAAAUGGAUUCAAUCCCACUCACUAACCUGUUGGUAAAGCUAGAGGAGAUGAAAGGAGAUGAACGCUGUAGCAGUUUGCUUGAAGAUCUUUAUCACAUCUUUUAAGGUUUAAGAGAUAGCCAUUUAUUUUUUAUUUGUAUUCCUUAUCUCCCAGUCUUGCCCUGAGAGCCGUUUGGAUGGGCCCAAAUGCAAAGUGUGCAGAGAAGAGGUACUCCUUAGCUGUAGUUUUUUUUCCGUUUACGCUGUGUAUCCUUAGCUGUAGUUUUUUUUUCCGUUUACGCUGUGUAGUCUAUGGUCUUUCUUGGUUGCUAAAUUUAACAUUCGAGUCUGCUUUGCAAAGCGCCAAAUGUCUAGUCUACAUUUAAUUGUUUUGCGUGUAAUGAAACAUUUCCAUCCAGCGUGGAAAGUCUAGUCUACAUUUAAUUGUUUUGCGUGUAAUCAAACAUUUCCAUUCAACGUGGAAAGUCCUAAUUUCAUCUCAGAACUAAAAAAGGGAAUAAACUUCAAGAUCUAGGCUUUCAUAUCAUACUUUCCAUUUGAUUUGAUUACGAAUUGUGUUCGUAAGAACGAAACUUGUGUUAAAGGUCACUUUGAUAUUCUUUGUUCUUAAAACAGAGAAAGGACGCCGAGUCGGUUUCUGUAGACUGCAUUGUAUUUGUGCGCGCUUUUUGUACCAAUAUACUACUUAUUCUUAGCCUUUAUUUGAUGUAAGGUUCAUACGAUUUCAUAACCAUCGGCGAAAAUCACUCUGGUUUCGCUCUACGCAAACUUAUCAUAAUCUUCGUGAUAUCAAUAUGUUUUAUUUCAUUUAACGGUUGCAUUAAUUGGAAGGCUAUACAUAACUUCUGAGUCCCUUUCCCUUUUCGCAAUGUACUACUACAUGUUAGCUUUCAUUUGAUGUAAGCUUUAUACGACAGGCUACGCAUAACGUUUAAGUCAAAUCGCCACCGGUGGAGAUUUGACUCUCAGUGGUGGCGAAUUGUAAACCCCUGUAAUAAUGUAGACGUGGUCUUUUACGGUCAUUGAUGGUAUCGUAACCGCUGUCUAUCUGCUUCGACAGUACAAAUUGGAAACAGGAAGAAAGUGGUUACCGAGUGGUCUUACUGUCAGGUAGGAAAUUAUUUAAGUUGUUCUGCUCCUAUCUUUUGCUCCCAUUAUUAACAGCCCAAGAGAAACCUCUCGGUUAUUCAAUUGUUAGUUGCUUUUUAGGGUGAUAUUCUUCGUCUUCGAUUAAUUUUCCAAUAUUUUUCUAGCACAUGAAUUGAAGAAAAUCUGAGAGCGAGCAUAAACCUGCCAUUAAAAUUGGCUCGAUUUACGAUUAGAAGGGAAUGCAAAAGUAGCUCCUGAUUGUCAGCCACUUACUUUUUUACGAAAACCUUUUCUUUUUUUUCCAAAUGUUAAUCUUGAAGGACAUUUGAAACCGCUCACUAUGACAGAACAAGCACAGGUUAUAAAAUAAGUCAGAUACUACGAGCGCCCUGAUUAGUCGAAAUCUAUCGUUUAUAAAACCGGUAAGCCCAUAGGAAGUUUGUGAGUCGCUCGCCUCCGGCUUGUGUUUUACAAACUUUUCUCGUGUUCUCUUAGCAUCCUAUGUGGGUUAUUAGGCUGAUAAAACGAUUAAAAGUGCGGUCUAUAGCUUAGUUAUGUAAUUGAAAUUAUAUUCCUCUUUUGGCGCUCAAGGCAUUGGAUUCAGACAACGCUGAUUCUGUCCAUGAUGAUUGGAACUCCAAUUAGUGUUUACUUUCUUUGUUUAACCAAAAUGUCUGAGACUUGUAAGGUUGUGGUCAUAGGACUGGGCGUGGUACUCGAGUACGUCUGUCUCAGGUGAGUGAGUUCACCUCUUCCACGUGGUCCAUUGAUUGAUUGAUUAAUUUAUUGAUUGGUCGUUGUAUAAUCUAUGAAAUAAGUAAAAUGAUAACGAUUAGAGGAUCGGUGUGUGUCGCCAAUCUGUCCGUAUCUUUGCCAGGUUGAUCUUUCUGUUAGUUUGUUAGUUGUUUGGAUGGCUUUUAAUUGAUUUUAAUGAUUCUGUUUUUGAUUAUCGAGGUAAUGCGUCGCUUGUGUCUUGAAACUUCUUAUUCGUGAGUCAGUUGGUCGGUCAUGUUGGUCUUGUGCUAUAUUGCCCUGCAUUGUGAAAUUUGUAUAUGUAAUAGGACUACAUGCUAUUUGGAAAUAAUUGGGUGAAGAAAAUUCUGAGGACUGUCAAAUUGAACUCGACCUACGGCCUUCUCAUCAGAAUAAUUUUUUCAGUCCAAUUAUUUCCAGAUUGGACAAACAUUUAGUCCUCUUACUUAUUGAUUACAUAGCUGGUCAGUUAAUACAACCUUGUCAGGAAAACCACUAUCCCUGAGAAAAGGCACACUGAAGUACUGAGAAUUUUUUAUUUCUAUUUUAAAAUAUCCAAAAUAAAAUGCCAUAAUAACAUAGAAUAACAAUUUAAUUAAAAAACUUACUUCAAAAAAACUCACUGAAAGCAUGAGAAGCAUUCUUUCGCUUUCCGUAACCCUGUAUUCUUAAUUCACUGGCUUUUGCCUCAAGUUGUUGUCUUAAAUUUGUAAAUUCACGAUCUCGUAAGGAACUGUAGUUUCUGUCACAGUUUUUCAAAUGGCGGUCCAACGAUCACUGCAUGACGGUUAGACUGGUCGUAUUCGUCACCGAAUUUCAGCAAAAAGAGGCAGAAAAUUGCAUCCAGCUCAUAACGAGGAAUAUUUAAAUUCUGCCAUUUAUCAACCAACAACACAACAAGUCUACAGAGCUGACGCUAUGCUUUGCAUAUUUCUAUCAUGUAGUUUUUGCUUGGAUUUGAUUGGCUGAGGCAAUUUGCCCUAAGUUUCUUAAACAGGACAGCUUGUGAAUUUGUAACUUAAAGUCCGUAGUGAAACUAUCCAAAAUUAAUCCUUAAUUGAACAGUUCUUAGAUAUUAAAGGAUAUUAGCUGCGCUGACAAUAUUAGAUUAACUGACCAGCUAUAUAAUUAAGCCUGAAACAUGUCUCAUGAAGGGUGUGUCGUCUUGAGACUCAACUUGAAGGCUAUGACAUACACUUGUUGGUUGAUCCUACUAGUCUUGGGUUAUACAUGUACUGUUUGUCUGCCACAGUCGGUCUUCCUUUCUGUCUGUUUGUCCAUCCGGUCAUCCGUCAUUCAUUCGCUCAAUUGUCAGUCGGUCGGUCGGUCCGUCGGUUUGUCGGUUGGUCAGUCCAUCAGUCUGUCAAUCCGUCCAUCAGUUUGUCUGUCAGCCAGUCAAUCUAUUAGCCAGUCAUUUAGCCUGUCUCUUCGGUAGUCAAAGACUUUUACCCGUCAGGUAGCUGUUUGAUCGGUCAGAUAGAGCAGCGUAGUCUGAUUUAAACGGUUGGACCAACUCAUACAUCUUAAUAUUCUUUUAUUUCAGGCUUUUGGGUUUCAACAUGUUGCUUGUUUAUCGCCGAGCCCGUCUCGCCACUAUGAGUAUCAUUGGUGACCCUGUGACGGGUUCUCAGCUGCCUGGGGAGAUCAACACAACUCCAGAGGCUGUAGACAUUACUACAGCUUAAUUCCAAAUAAUUUUGAAACAGAGCGCUUAUUGAUUAACUGUUUUAAAGUCAAACAAACGUGAUCACAACCUGCAAUCAGAAAGUAGAGGUAAAUGUUGCAAGAAGCGAGUAGGAAGUCGAAAAAAGCACAUUUUGAUGAACUAACGCGCAGGAAAACGCCUAUCCACAUAGUGAUUGGUUUGAGUUUUGCCUCUGACGUGUGAGGAGAGUUGAAACCAAACACGGUUCGUAGUAAAGCAGAUAUACGAAUUUAAACCUGGGGUUUUCACGACACGGGUGAAAUGCCCCUCACGAAAAGCUUUGAUGAGUGUUAGUGUGACCUCAAAAUAGAUGAGUCUCCUAGAUGAUCAUAAACUCUCAAAAGAAGCAAUUCGAUUAUUUUAUUGAAAAUGAAAUCAACUCAUCAUCUUGGAGGAGGAAAAAGUGUACAAGUUGUGUUGCAAAACUUUGACCACAGAUAACGCAAAUUUGGAGUAUGAAGAUUGUAUGAGAACCCAUUUCAAGGUAAAGGUGAGAUUUCCCUGAGUCUAAAUAUUUGCCGGAUCUCUGCCAGAUUCGCUAAAUCAGGAAAAUAACGCUAUUGUCAGAAAUCGUUCUCGCAUAGGAUACGUCUCUAAGAUUUGUGGAAUACGAAGAGUCUUGAAUUCUCACACAGAGAGGAUAAUUUAACGACUUGGUCGUUGCUGUCGGUAUUUGUUGACCAAACUAUGGCUUUUUUCAUUCUGGAAGUAAAAUUGAUUUCAUCUUGUAAAUAUGCUGUGAAGUCGUAGACGCGGAAGAGUCAAUUUGUAAAGUAACGUUCAAAGUAACAUUCUGCAACUUUUAUGCGCACACUGGAGAUUGACCUCAUCUUUACAAUUAAUCAUCGAUUGACGUCACUCCCUUUUAGUUUCUAUUAAGUGUGUACUUCAUAGUAGGAGUCGUCCUAAGGUUUAAAACCCAUUUGUAUCGGUACUGAAUCGAGAACUUAUUCUUCGAAGCUGAAGUAUUGAGUAUUGAAUUGACCGACAUUUUGGUAAAAAAUUACCUUAUUAGAUGGGUGAAAAGUUGACUGCGUUGCAGCGGCCUUCUUGUGGAUUCUCGCGUUUUAAAAGUGUUUGAUAUGCAAGCAAACCGUCGAAAUAUGAUGUUAUCAAAAUUGAACUAAUCAAUUUUAAAUUGUUUUCAGUAGUUUGUAAAUCAUUGAAGUUCCAAUAAAAUAAAUUUCACUCUGCC